CUGAGAGCCUCGUUCCUCUCUGAGAGCCCCCCGGUGUGUGUUCCAGGUCUGGACGACUGCCUGCAGCAGUACGUGAACGUGUUCGAGCGGGGGGGCGUGUGCGGCGAGCGGCUGCUGAGGAUCAGCCACGCCGAGCUGGAGGAGCUGGGAACGGAGAGCGUCCGGACGUUGGCCCACAAGCUGGGCGCCUCGGCCAAGAACCUGCAGAACUUCAUAUCCGGCCGCCGCCGCAGCAGCCAAUCAGAGAGCAGGAGCUCGCGGCGGCUCCCCAACGACCUGCUGACGUCUCCCUUUGCUGCCGUGGCGGACUACUCUGUAACCCGGAACAAUGUCAUCCAGCUCUGCCUGGAGCUCACCACCAUCGUGCAGCAGGACUGCACGGUGUUCGAGACCGAGAACAAAAUCCUUCACGUGUGUAAGACGCUGUCGGAGGUGUGUGAGCACAUCGUGCUGUUACCUGUUCAUGUCGUCCACUCCAUCAGCAGCAAAGUAGAAACUCUUGACCUUUGGGUGGCACGCUUUGAAAGCACUGGAGAGACAGAGGGAGUUAUUUUCAUCCAAUACUCAUCCACCAGUUACCCCAUUCUCCAUCCAUCCCAUAAUCCAUCCAUCCAUCCAUCCAUUAAUCCAUCCAUCCAUCCAUCCAUACAUACAUACAUACAUAUAUUCAUUAAUCCAUCCAUAUAUUCAUUAAUCAAUCCAUCCAUCCAUCCAUCCAUCCAUCCAUCCAUCCCAUAA